GGACGAUUAUUUUAGUUGAAAUUUUCAUUUUCAUUCCUUUCUUGAGAGUCCCUCACAUACCAAAUAAAAAAAACUUUAUUAUCUUAUAAGUCUCACCACUCUCACAACACACCCUAACAGAAAUUCCAGUUUUCAUCCGGAAAAUUGGUACUUCCACUCAAAAUAAAGCCAUAAUUAAUUAAUCAUCACAUCAGAUAAGUAUGCCGAUGACGGAGACCAACAUCAUUAGCAGGUGCAAUAUCAGAGCUAUAUGGAUCCUCAACAAUGUCGAUUUCGUCGUCUUCUCUAGGAGGUUUCCUACUGUGGAGCGCCGAUGGCGUGCUGCCUGUAAUUCUGGAUAUAAGAAGGUUGCAGUUGAAAAUGGUGGUGAUAAGGCAACUGUAUCGAGUUUGCUUCCUACUGAUUCUGAAAUCUCCGAGGCGUUUUCUAACAGGAAGAAGAGAGAGGGAUCUACUCGUGGCUUUGGCAUACGUGUUGUUGAGUCGGUCCAAGGAUCAGAUUCCUGGGUUGAUGAUCCCAUUGUGCGUUAUAUUAUAAGCCUUUAUAUUAGCCGAGAAGAAGGAGAUGACUUUCUACUUUGGCCAUUAAUUCUUCAUGUUAAGGGACCUUACUGCAUCUUGGUUUUGCCAUUAGUAGAGCCAAAGCAUUUGGAGGCAUAUGAGAGAUUGUAUAAGAGACCUGACUGUGGAACAGCCAUUGGCAUGGACCCUAAUGUAUCAUCUUUACUACUUGAUCUUCCGUCCAUCACAGGAUCUUUUAUGGUUGCGCAUGUUAUUGGUGAUAUAAUCACGGGGGAUAUUAUGGAACCUGAGAUUGUUGUUAGUGCGUCUCCAUCUGUUGGUGGGCUGCUUGAUUCUCUAACCGGAAGCAUUGGCAUAUCUGGUAUGUCUGCUCGAGGUAAACCUGCUCCGGCAACUGUUGCAGCUUCCCCUGCAUCCCCAGCUUUAGCUGGUUCAGGCAUGUCAGAUGCUCAAAAAGUUGGUUCCAGGCCAUUGGAUAAAGAUGCAUUACAAUCUUUCAUUGGCAGCGCAAUGCCGUUUGGCACUCCAUUGGAUCUCAGUUACUCCAAUCUUUCAGCUAUAAAGCUUAAUGGCUUCUCUUCCUUAGAUGUGCCACCAACAGAUGUGAAGCAACCAGCAUGGAAACCCUAUCUUUACCGAGGAAGGCAGAGAAUGUUGUUCACUAUUCAUGAGAUGAUCAAUGCUUCCAUGUAUGAUCGUGAUGAGAUACCUGAUAGCAUUUCAAUCUCUGCCCAAGUUAACUGUCGAGCAGAAUUAGAGGGGCUGCCUGAUGUUUCUUUUUCCUUAACAGGCUUGAACAAUUCACAUAUUGAGGCUGUGUCAUUCCAUCCUUGUGUUCAAGUUCCAGAGCAAGGUGUUGACAAGCAAGCUCUGAUGUUUUCUCCACCUUUCGGUAACUUCACUUUAAUGCGUUACUUGACAUUUUGCAAAAUUGGACCUCCAGUUAAGGGAUUUUACCAGCUAUCCAUGGUUUCAGAAAAUGAAGGUGCAUUUUUAUUCAAAUUAAGACUUUUAGAUGGCUAUAAGGCUCCACUUGCAAUGGACUUUUGCACCAUAACAAUGCCCUUUCCUCGAAGAAGGGUGAUUUCUUUUAGUGGGACACCAUCUGUUGGAACUGUGUCUUCUACAGAUCACUCAAUCGAUUGGAAAAUUAUAUCCACUGGAAGAGGAGUGUCUGGGAAGAGUGUGGAGGCUACAUUUUCGGGAACGAUAAAAUUUGCACGCUUACAGACGCAAAAAUUCGUUGGCUCAGUCAGAAUGACAACUUAUGAUGAAGAAAGUGAUACCGAAUUGGAAAAUUCAAAUAAUGUUAACAUCGAGGAGCUUCUGGAAGAGAAAAUGAGAAAUGAUCUACCGUCAAUUGAUUUAGAAGAACCAUUUUGUUGGCAGGCUUAUGACUAUGCUAAAGUUUCCUUCAAGAUAAUGGGGGCUUCUGUAUCUGGAAUUUCCAUUGAUGCGAAACAUGUAAGCAUCUAUCCUGCUGUUAAGGCACCCGUUGAACUUUCUACUCAGGUUACUUCCGGGGUGUAUAUUCUGUGGAACACGUUGGGGAAAUGCCCUUCUGCUGCCAUGCCUGUUGCCUGAAGCCAGACAUUCAACUCAAUCACUCUGCCCAAGUGAAUCGGGCUCGCUUAAUUGAAGAACACAAAUUUGUGAGUUGCUUGUGAUGGAAAUGUUGCCGCAAUGCGGUUUUACUAAUGUUUUUAAUCAAUACAACCAAUGUUUUCAAUCGAAGAAUACAUGAAUUUACUGUCAUACAAAUUUGGAACUUGUUUAGUUUCCUGGUAUAUGCAGCUGAUAAAAGAUGACAAAUGAGAGAGUUUGUGUCUAUAACUUUUGUUAAAGAACCCGCUCGCAAAUGACAAUGUAGGACAUUUUUUAAAGGUGCAGCUCAUCAUCAUAGAGCGAGACAUCCUUGCUUUUGUUGCAAAUUGUCUCCUCCCACCUCUGUCCUGUCUCUUCUCAAAAACGUUGAAGUUGUUUGUUUACUGACUAAUUCUUGUGGAUAAUCUUUUGAAAGCUUAUGUACACAGAAUAGCCUUGAUCAUGGAUGCGAACUGGGCUAAAGGUUCGGACAUUCGUACAUCAAUUACUUCCAUUGUUGAAACAUUUCACCUCUGAUCCAUGUAAUCCAUAGAGAAGGAUAUAUCCCUAUUCCCUGCCCUUCCAUUCUUGAGUUUGUUUACAAAUGCUGAUUGAUGGGUCAAUUUUAGUGUAAGUGACAGAAUUCAUUUCAUUUCAUAUUUGCAGCGCGAAGUAGGAAAGUAUGUUGUAGGUGAUAAAUAACUCCAACUAAAUGAUGUGUUGUUGAUUAACCUUUCUUUUGUGUUACAUAAGUACUAGAAUUUAUUUAUAUAUUUUUGUUUAAGUAGAUGCUGGUAUGAAAUUGUUUAAUUUUUUUUUUAUUUUUAUUGGUUAAUCAUAAUCACAUGCUCCAGGGAGAAAUCCUCAAUCUUUUUUUGGUAGUACAUUUAAUGAAUUGCUUUAUUUGUGGUUCCUUUAGCCAAUAGUAUUAUUGGUUGGAGCCUCUUUCAGGUAAGGCCUGCCAUCUUAUAUCCGUCUUCAAACUAUGAUGAUGAUUUAAGGAAAUGCUUGUUUGACUAAUUUAUGAUGCCAGUUAAUUGUUCGAUGGAAUGAUAGAGGGACUAUUUGGCAAAAAAAUUUCAAUUUGCUCUUUGAUUAAUAUUUUACUAUUAGCUUUUUGGUGGGUUAAGUGAUCAAUAAAUAUUAAUAAACGACUUUUAAAGAUUAAAUUUUAUUUAACAAAUAAAUUUAAAAAUCUUAAAAGUAAAACUUACUGUUUACUUAAUUUUCAUCGGUCAAAUAGCUACUUUGAUUAAAUUGCUGGAUUCUUUAUAGCCAGAAAUGUAUAUAAUAGUAUGUUUCUAAGUUUUAAUUUCAAUAUUGAUAUUUAAAAUUUUGGAGGUUUUAAUGUCCGUUUAUAGGAGUCAUAAUGCCCGAAGUGGGUUAUUGCUGAGGGUGUGAAAAAGAAGAUGAUAAUGAUGAAAGUAAGGAAAAGUUAAUUUCUCUAUUUUGUUUUCAAAAUUGUGCUUAUAAGUUUUUUGUAUUUAAUUUUCUUUUUUGAAAUUAACUGAACUAUUAGAGAAUUCUCCCAAAAAAGCGUAUUAUUUAAGACUUGUUGAAUAAGCAAAGAUGGUUUUGAGGGG